AUGUUCCUGAACAGAGAACACGUUCUGGUUGUGUUCUUCGACCUUGAGAAGGCGUAUGAUACGACGUGGAGAUACGUGAUACUACAGAAGUGUCACGAUUUUGGUCUAAGAGGUCAGUUACCGAGGUUUCUCCGGUGUUUCUUGGAGAACCGCAGGUUCCGAGUCGAGCUGGGAACCGUGCCCUCUGAGGAUUACGUUCAAGAGAACGACAUCCCUCAGGGUUCGGUGAUGAGCGUUGCGCUUUUCUUAGUGGCGGUGAACGGCAUUGCUGACGGCAUCCCUCCGCAGAUAAAAAGGAUGCUUUUUGUCGACGACCUCUGA